UCACUUGUCCUGUCGUUCACUUCGCGGCCGACCUAUCGCUUGAAAUCAGCCGCGGGUCAUUUACGUGCUGUGUUUCUUGCCUUUCCAUCAUGAGCCAGAGGGCUUAAUACCGCCCCCACCUCUCCUUAGUGUGUCUAAGACUGUGACGCGCUGUCCUCAGAAUUUGGGUUUAUCUAGUGACGACUUACAAAGACACUGCAGAUGCGCGACAGUCCACGUCUCUAGGUUUCCCCCUGUGAGUGGUCCUGUUCGAGUUAGGUUUAUUUUUAAUUAACUUUUUUCACCAGCUUUACGUAUGAUCCUCAUAUGCGCCGUUCCCUCUGUAGACGUUUACUAAUGGAUCGAUUCACGUGUAAAUGCACGGGCUUUCAAGAUGUAUUGGUAAUGAUACAAAGAAUUCAAUACACUCCCUCAACAGUUCCUGUUUCAAGCGCACUCGCUGAGUGUCUUCUGCUGCGGUUCCCAUGGCUUACCAACCUUUCCGAGUUGACGGAGGAGACGCCUUUUCUCUGCCAGCGUUCAUUCCCAGCGCACAGUCCUCACUUGUCCCCUCCAUAGCCGCGGACGCACGGCUGCGCGCAGCUAUGGAGCUCCGGAGUCGGCCAGCACACCCGCGGACCACGAAGCGCCACGAACAGCCCGAGCAAUGGUUGAAUGACGAUCCGAAAGUCACGCUGGAAUCAAAGGAUUUGUGGAGUGAAUUUCACAAGAUGGGGACUGAGAUGGUUAUCACGAAGUCUGGGAGGAGGAUGUUUCCACCCUUCAAGGUGUGUGUGGAUGGGCUGAACGAAAGCACAAAAUACAUCCUGCUGAUGGAUAUUGUUGCAGUUGACGACUGCCGCUACAAGUUUCACAACUCCCAGUGGACAGUUGCUGGAAAAGCCGACCCGGAGAUGCCAAAGCGGAUGUACAUCCACCCAGACAGUCCGUCCAAAGGGGAGCAGUGGAUGAGCAAGCCUGUUGCUUUUCACAAGCUCAAACUCACCAACAACAUGUCGGAUAGGCAUGGAUUUACAAUCCUAAAUUCCAUGCAUAAGUAUCAACCGAGGUUUCACAUUGUAAGAGCCAAUGACAUUAUGAAGCUCCCAUACAGCACCUUCAGAACCUAUGUUUUCCCRGAGACUGAGUUCAUUGCUGUCACUGCCUAUCAGAAUGAAAAGAUAACGCAGCUGAAAAUUGACAACAAUCCCUUUGCCAAAGGGUUCAGAAAUACCGGAAAUGGAAGACGAGAGAAAAGGUAG